GUGCGCGCCGUGUCUGAGUCGCGACUCGAGACGCGACGCGUCCGAGUCUCCCAAGUGCUUGCCAAUUACCUGCAUCUACAUCCUUGCGCCGACUUGCGUCUAUCACAGCAAACCGUCCCUUACGCGUACAGGAUGUCCUCCAGCAUCGCUAUUGCGCGUGUGGAUGAACCGCUUCCUACAUGCACACCAUACCUCAUGCCCUUUCACAUCGACUACUCAGGUCCUGCACCGAUCUCCACAUACUUUCGCGUCAAGCCAGCACCACCUCCAGGAUAUUUGGGGAAACCAGAGAAUGCAAACGAAGCAACGCAAAACGCCAGCGAAUCGCAGACCUCAUCCACAUCGCAGACAACGCUGGUAGCGUCCUCCUCGGAUGCGACCCUUGACUCCCGGAUUGGCGAGUCCUCUCAGGACACUUUAGUCGAUGAUGCAUCUCCGAGCCAGACCAAGAUGCAACCAGCGGGAGAUAGAUAUGUGGCAGCAUUUCGCGGAAGAACAGUGCAAGGCUUGAAGGUGGAACUCCCCGAAGGCUAUGCAGGACUGGUUCUCCAAACCCCGGAAGGUGUAAGCACCGCCCGCCCAGGCAAGCGAAGUGGUGCAUCCGCGAAGGAGCGAGGUCAACCGCAAGCCACGCGUAGUACGCGCCGGUCUUCCCAGAAAGAAGUGAUGGACAUCGACACCGACGUGGGAGCCCUGUCCACAUUCUCCUCAUUCGUGCUGUGGAACCAGGACAUCCCGGUGGACGAGGGCAAGGACGAGUAUCUGCGGUCAAUACGAGAGUGGACGAGGCUGGCGGCAGAGGUUCAUCGAGUCGAGGAUAUCUAAUCGAGGAGGAGUACUUCCGAUACUUGAACCCCUUGACAGUCCCUCCGCGACAGCGGGUUGUCGAGCGGACCUAACAAAGAUCGCCGAGAUACUUUUGGACACAUUUGUUGUAACUUGUCAUACUGGACGUUCCACAUACAGAUGGGCGCCAUCCCGGUGUUUCUGCAAUGCCAGAGGGGGCACCGCAAACCCCACGAACAUUGGCAAGCAUACUUCCAGACGGGGCUGUGCAACCUUCUGU